AUGAUAAUUUUUUACAUAACAAUAAUUUUACAACUUUUUCUAAAAUAUACAGAAGAAUUUUAUAUUGAAAAUAGUAAUGUAUUUUCGCCUUAUACUUCAUGUUCCAAUGAUGGAUUCAUUUUCACUGAAGGAAAUAGAUGUUAUAAAGCAUUUCAACAUGGUAAAAGUUUCAAAGAAGCAGAAGCUAUUUGUGAAAAAUUAAAUUCAACUAUUGCAUCACUACAUUCAUUUAUGGACAAGUAUAAUUUUAUAAAAUUUAUUGAAAAACAUAAAAUUCGUAAUGAGAAAGCAAUUAUAAUGUCCGGUUAUAAAUGUUUUAAUAACAAAAUAUGUGUAUGGAUUGAUCGAUCUCGCUUUGUUUUAGAAUCCGGUUUCAAAACAGCAAAAAAUAAUUUGCCUUGUUAUGGAAUAUUAACAAAUCAUCUUAGUUCAUGGUCUUGUAUUGAUAAAAUAGAAGAAAAUGUAAAUAUUAUUUUUGUAUGUGAAAAAAAAUCCAUCUCUUUGCCUAAUUGUGAAAAUAAGGAUUACCAUAGAAAACCGGAUGGUCAUUGUUAUAAAAUACUACAUCCAAAUGAAAAAUUUUCAAAACGGGUGGCACAAUCAAUAUGUAGAGAUGAUGGAGCUAACCUUCCAAUUAUUCAUAAUCAUUUGGAACAUUUUGUUGUUAAUGAAUUAGCUAAUGGAGAAGAUAUUCAUAUUGGUUUAAAAUGUUCCAGUGGUCCAAUUAACAUAAAAAAUUGUUUUUGGAGUGAUAAAUCAAAAAUGGAUUAUGUUGGAAUUAAAGAACCAUCUGCAAUUAAUAGUUUGUCGUCUUCGUGUUUCUCUACAACCAACGACUACUAUUGGACAAAUGGAAACUGUAAACAUCUAAGAAGAGUCGUAUGUCAAAUACGAAUGAAUUACAAAAACAGAAAUUCUUUAAAUGAAAUUAAUAUAAAUGAACCACCUAAUUAUCAAGUUGAAACUAAUGAAAUAUCAGCAAAAGAACUUUAUUCAGAUAUGUCAGCAGAAGGAGUAGAUCCUGAACUAAGUAAUUAUAUAAAUGGUCACAAUAAUCGUCCACAGUCAAUACGAGAUGCUAAUAGUUAUUUACUAAAUAAAAGUAUAGAAACAACAAUUACUUCUUAUGAAACAACAACAACAACUACUUCAGGAACAACUCAAGAAAAUGAUGAAAUAGUAGAAGAAGUAAUUGAAGAAAAUAUUCCUGAGAAGGAAACUUUAGCAGAAGUAGAUUUCAACGAGGAAGCAACAAUAAAAAUUAGUCAUUUAGUAAAUAAAAAGUAA